UGGCCACGCGCAGCGGCAGCAGUUGUUCCGCUUCCCCUCCGGCCCGGGCCGUCGCCAUUGCCGAAGGCUCCUGCCCUCCCCUCCCUGGCCCAAGGGGCUCCGCGCCUCACGGCCUUGGUAGCGACGGCCGCGCCCCGAGCCGCUCCCCUCUGCCCUGCCCUCCUCCCUCUCUGCCGCCCUGCGCAGCGCUCGCCCGCGUCGUCCCGGCCGCCCGCCCCGGGUCGGGUGGAGACCUUCCCUCUCUGGCCAUUUCAUAAUUCUGAAUCAUGUCUGAUAACGGAGAACUAGAAGACAAGCCUCCAGCACCUCCUGUGCGAAUGAGCAGUACCAUUUUUAGCACCGGAGGAAAAGAUCCUUUAUCGGCCAAUCACAGUUUGAAACCUUUGCCUUCUGUUCCAGAGGAAAAGAAACCCAGGAACAAAAUUAUCUCCAUAUUCUCAGGCACAGAAAAAGGAAGUAAAAAGAAAGAAAAAGAACGGCCAGAGAUUUCUCCUCCAUCUGAUUUUGAACACACCAUCCAUGUUGGCUUUGAUGCUGUUACUGGAGAGUUCACUGGCAUGCCGGAACAGUGGGCGAGACUGCUGCAGACCUCCAACAUUACCAAACUGGAGCAGAAGAAGAACCCUCAGGCUGUGCUGGAUGUCUUGAAGUUCUACGACUCCAACACUGUGAAGCAGAAGUACCUGAGCUUCACUCCUCCUGAGAAAGAUGGCUUCCCUUCUGGAACACCAGCACUGAAUACCAAGGGAUCAGAAACAUCAGCAGUAGUAACAGAGGAAGACGAUGAUGAUGAAGAUGCUGCUCCUCCUGUCAUUGCCCCUCGGCCAGAUCAUACAAAAUCAAUUUACACACGGUCUGUCAUUGACCCUAUUCCUGCUCCAGUUGGUGAUUCUAAUGUUGAUGGUGGUGCCAAGUCUUCAGACAAACAGAAGAAGAAAGCCAAGAUGACAGAUGAAGAGAUUAUGGAGAAAUUAAGAACUAUUGUGAGCAUAGGUGAUCCUAAGAAAAAAUACACAAGAUAUGAAAAAAUUGGACAAGGGGCUUCAGGUACAGUUUUUACUGCAACUGAUGUAGCACUGGGGCAAGAGGUUGCUAUUAAGCAGAUUAAUUUACAGAAACAACCAAAGAAGGAAUUGAUCAUUAAUGAAAUUCUGGUGAUGAAAGAAUUAAAGAAUCCCAACAUAGUCAACUUCUUGGACAGUUACCUGGUAGGAGAUGAGUUGUUUGUGGUGAUGGAGUACCUUGCUGGUGGCUCACUCACUGAUGUUGUAACAGAAACCUGCAUGGACGAAGCGCAGAUUGCAGCUGUGUGCAGAGAGUGUUUACAGGCCUUGGAGUUUUUACAUGCUAAUCAAGUGAUCCACAGAGACAUCAAAAGUGACAAUGUGCUUUUGGGAAUGGAAGGCUCAGUUAAACUUACUGACUUUGGCUUCUGUGCCCAGAUCACCCCUGAGCAGAGCAAACGCAGUACUAUGGUUGGAACGCCGUACUGGAUGGCACCAGAGGUGGUUACACGAAAAGCCUAUGGCCCCAAAGUUGAUAUAUGGUCUCUGGGCAUCAUGGCUAUCGAGAUGGUUGAAGGAGAGCCGCCAUACCUCAAUGAAAAUCCUCUGCGGGCUUUGUACCUGAUAGCAACAAAUGGAACUCCUGAACUUCAGAAUCCAGAAAAACUUUCUCCAAUAUUUCGGGAUUUCUUAAACCGGUGUUUGGAGAUGGAUGUGGAGAAAAGGGGUUCAGCCAAAGAACUGUUACAGCAUCCGUUCCUGAAACUGGCCAAACCAUUAUCUAGCUUGACGCCACUGAUCCUGGCAGCUAAAGAAGCCAUGAAGAGUAACCGCUAACGCCAUCACUGAGGCCUUGUAUUCUUUUAUCCAUUUUCUAAAAGAAGUUUUUUAAAACAUGAAAUUGUUACUCUGAGAGAUGUAAAGAGACAGUCUGCAUCACAAGGAGAAAAACAAGCCAACUUCUAUUUUCUAAAGAUGACCAAGAAAAAAAUUACAGUAAGAGAAUUAUGACUUCCAGAUGAGCCCCUGCUUUAGGGUCCAAAAGGAAUUGUGGACUGCCUCGCUAGCCUUCCAUUUCAGCAGACAGCGCUUGCCGUGCACGUACUGUGUGGUGUCUGCCACUGCAAUAGAUCCUGUCUAUUGUCUCCUUUGGGAUACUUCCAUACUUGAAUGUCAGAUUCGAGUUUUUCUGAGUAUUUCUUAAUCUGCUGGUCUCACCUCCCCUUUGUAGCCUUCCCUUCCUCCGAUCUGAUCCUCUGGAGUUGUUGCCUAAAUUGAAGGCAAGUGUGACAGAAAUUAUGUAGCUCUUUAUAUUGGCCAAAGAGCUUGACAUGUUGUGACUUUUUAUAGAAGUUAGGACCAGCGUUGUACAUGUAUUUCAGUCUAGAGCUUAAACUGAAGGGGAAAGUUUGUGAUUUUUACCUUUUUUAACAAAUGUGAAAGAGUCAACUUUAGAAGUUUCAUGGUAAUGAGUUUUACAUUUGUUACAUGUAUAGAAAGGACUAAUAAUCUAUAUUUAUAACUAAAUCAUUGAUACAGAGAAAGACUCCACUGACUGUAUGUUCUUACCAUUUUUGUCUUUUCUGCCUGUUUCUCCUCAGAUUUGGCUUUAGGAACCAAAGUGAUUUGUUCUUCCGCUUGGACUGCAUGCCUUUGGUGCCGGUCCCUUCCCUUUUGUUCCCUUGGAAAUGAGUGUCUGUAUGUGUUGCGAUUUUAGGUAUCGGGUUUUGUUCAAAUCAACCCUUAUUUCGCAUACACCCGGGCAAGUAAUAACCAUUGAAUUUUCAGAAUUUAAAACUUAAGAACUGUUUUUCUCUUUAAAAGGAAAAAUAUUUGGGAGUAGCAGAAAGCAAGAGAGAUUUGAACCUUGGUAUUCUAGGCUAGUUGUAGAAAUGAGAUGGCAUUGUUGUAGAGAUGAAGCUCAUGGCAGUAAACUGUAAAGAUUCAUCUGGUUUACAGUGCUCCCAACCCAUUAUGUUUUACUGCGAGCGAUAAAAUAGCAGAGUACAUGGUGUUGGGGUAGUUUAGUUUUUGUUUUUCCAAGUGAAUAUUCAUGUAAAAAACUGGAGAAAGAGACUGCAAUGUGCAUAUUGAUAGUGAUACUUGUUAUUCUAAAGAUUUAAUGAGAGGUCUGUGACCUGUAGCGUUAGCUCUUAGCCUGCCCUCCCCUUUCUGUCUUUUCUCUCUGCUUCUCCUUAUUGCUUUGUUGUUUUGCCUGUGGAGGAGGAAAUUGUCUAUUCUGCGUUCCUGGGGCCACAGAAGAGGAAGUUCUGUGGUUGGUUCAGGCACCUGUCCCUGCCAUUCCCUUUCAAAAGAACUUGACACAUGCUUGCCAUUCUGCACAGUACGAAUCAUGAGUAAAUAGGUGUGCUCUUUGGGACACUUGGGGAAGGGGUCAGAGUUUCAUUUCCUGUUGUGCCCAUUCAGAUACGAGGAUAAGAAGAGGUCUCUGGGGUCUUCAUAGCAGAAAGGUCUUCAGUGAAACUCCACACUAGAGCACUUAAUGUCCUGUUGUCCUUGUGAUUGCCUUUCUCUCUGGACUGCAUUUGGCCUUCUACAGCUGUCACUAAAUUACAGAAACAACUGUAUAUUUCUGCUGGGAAGCUGCAGUGUCUCUUGAGUUGCAGAUGUGAGCAUUGUUUGUAAACGGUUGUCUGGGUAGAUGAUAAUGGUGAUGCUGCCGACAAAGUAGAAAGCCAGCGAGAUGAUGGAACUGGUCAUCUGUCCCAUGACUGCUCAAGAAGGCACUCCAUCCUGUCUUAGAGACCACAGGGGACACAUGCCAAUGCCCCCGCCGUACGCUGUGACUCCACAAGGGCUUUUCCCUCAACAGAAGCAGUUUGGGGUUUGUAUUUACAAUUUCUUGGAUGGUUACUUGGAUGUCCAUUGCUGGCGACGGACUUUGUCAUUCACACAUGACUCCGAGGUUAAGGGAGCUGCACUGUUGUUUAUUCUCUCCUGACCUGGACAGACUAACCUGUAAUAGUUUAAUAGUAAUGGUUAAUUUUGAGAUGUGUCAUUUUUAAACAAAAUAAUCUUUAAAGCAAUAUAGAAUUGUGAUUUAUUAGUUAAUUUUAAAUUAAAAUGUUGAGAUCCUGUUAAAAGACAAUUGUAUGACUUGAGAUUCAUAUUUUUUUAAUAAUUGCCUCUGUAUCCCUCUCUUUUGUCAUCUCUUAGAGUAGGAAACCUCAUUGAACCUACUUUAGUAGUCCUCUAGUGUUGUUAGGAACUGUCCCUUCCUUAUUUAUUGUCUUACUUUGUGGUAGGCCCAAAUGUAUCUGUCUCUCUUGUUCCUUUUGCUGCUUUUACAGAACACUUUAUCCUACCUAGAAUAGUAAAAAGUAACUGCAGCGUUCCACACCGUGACUGGCACAGCUUUGCCGUCAUGUAUUGAGUUCCUGGAACAAAGUAGGAGCCUUCUUCCAUUCAACAUAAAAUAUUUAGCUGCUUGAAAUGUCUCUAGUGACCACCAGUCCUAAACAGGCUUUGCCUUUGACAGGCAACUUUAAGCUGCCUAGAAGUAUUUCUCAUGGGUUCAUGUGUAUACACUGUGUUCUUACCAGAACAUGUUUACACCUUAUCAGACCUUGGUCAUCUGGUUUUGAAUAUGAAAAUGUUUGAAGUGUACUGAGAUCUGUAGUCAGUAAACUGUCAAAGUGUUAUGGGGUUGCCAGCAGCCGCUAAGGCCAUUUUCUGCCAAGCCUAGCCACUAGGAUUUGAGAGUACUGACUCCUGCAAGUUGUUAUCUGACCUCUGAAUGUGUAUGUGCGCACACAUACACACACAUACACACACACCAUCACAUGGGCAAAUGUAAUUGUUCUUUUCUUUUUUUAUAUAGGGUCUCUCUGUAUAGGCCUGGCUAGGUUAGAACAUAGGUAGAUGAGGCUGAUCUCACUCAGAGAGAUUCCCCUGCCUCUACCUUCCAAGUAAUAGGAUUAAAGGUAUGUACCACCCUGUCCUGCACUUACACUGUUUCUAAUGUAGCUUCAGACUGUAGUUAAUGGGACUGGAGCUGUAGCUCAGUGAUGAAUCACUUGCCUAGCACACACAAAGCUCCGAGCUGAUCCCUAGUUCCAAUAAAAACAAAGAAUCUAGGCUGCUAUUUGACAUUACUGCAUAAUUUAAAAAUUAUUGCUAAAAUCCAAUUAAACGCUUCUUUUUGGUUUUUCUAACAGAAUUUCAUAGCACUAUACAAAACAGAUUGGUCUUCCUGGCCACCCUUGUGCCUGUGAUAGAUAGUUUAGUGGUUUUUCUGUAGUGUAGCAUGUGUAAGGAAAAUCCAAACAUGCUGUACAUUCGCUGACCGCUCUGGCAAAGAUGCUGGGUUAGAUGAUGUGGCAUUCGGGAGCAGAGUCAAGCACUGGCCUGCUCCUUGAAAGAACUCAAGUCUUUCUCAUUUGCUGUAUUCUAUAUUACCCAAAGAGCAGAAGAAAAUACACAGUAACCUUGUCAAACAUGUUCAUUCUGUAUCAAAAAGCAAAGCAAAUAAUUGGUCCUCAAAAUUUUUGGUUGGAAAGUAGUCACUUUUUUAUUUAUUUAUUGUUUUUCUCUUUUGAUAGGUGGAAAUUGAGUUGAGUAAAAAGUAACUUAUUUCUGUUUUGUCUUCAAAUUUCAUAUUGCCUUCUAUUUUUAAUUUAAUCCCACAUAACUGUUCUUUGCUCUUAACUGCUGUAUUU